GCGAUUUUAUUGCGACAUGAUAUCCGCGUUCUCGCAAUGAGACGCUUAACUCUUCUCGCCUUGGCGCUGCUUUUUGCGAUAAGCGCCGGGGAUGUUGGGAAUUCGACUGAGAACGGAACGGCGCUUCAAAAACCUAGGAUGGUCGUCACAUUCAUGACAAACACUAGGAUUUACAAUCAAACGGAGGGUGUUCUGAAUCCUUUCCAGAGGAUGAUACAGUUCUUCCUUUCGAACGUGAUGCGCGACUUCGCGCAACAACCGUCGGAGGAGAGGUUCGAACCGGAGGCGAUGAAAUGCUCUCACGAUGAGUUCGGCUUUUGCCCGGCUUGUACCACGCGUAGAGCGCAGAACGCCACCGAGAAGACGAUUCCCAUGAGCACCGGGAAGGUUGACAACGUGUCCACUGAGUUGGAUGUACAGAAGCAAAAGAAACGGCAUUAUUUUUUAUUCAUUAGCGGUGGUACCGAAAAACGUACCACCGCUAAUCCUGUCGGGGGGAGCAGUUUCGGAUCUUCCAACGUGUGGUUGGAUCCUUUGAUAAAUUUAGUGCGUCGUCGGAGGGCCAAAGACGAGGAAAACACUGAAGAGGCUAAAAUAGAAGAUAGGGAUGAGGAGGAAACCCGCACACCAAUUCCCAAAACUAAGUCGAAGACGGUUUAUCAGCCACAAUACAGAACUUCCUUCACCAGUUCUACAUACUUCUACACAGUCACCAUUCCUACAGUCUUAGCAUUUGGUUUUGUCAUCAUUGGAAUGUGUAUCGUCUUGCGCACGUCUGGACGUUGCUGCAAGAUCUUCGUCGGCGAAAUGAAUGAAUCAGAGGAGACCUCAACUCCAACACCCGCCUAAUUUAUACCCAUACUAUUUAUUUUUAUUUAUUUUUUAAUUAUAUACAAAAAAACAACG